AUGGCAGCAAACCCAGAAGAGACCAAGGCGAUAGCUGCCGAAGGCGCAGGACUCCUCAAUGAGGCAACUCCAGAGAAGCAGCCCGAGUCCAGUCCAGCGGUCGAGUCCACCGAUAAAAAGGAGGACGCCAAGGCCGUGGGCAAUGCGACUGCCGGAGUAGCUGAUCUCUCCGUCUCUGAAAGGAAUGAAGAGGAGAAGGAGAGCAAGACGGAGGAAGCACCACUGGCUGCUACUAGUACUAGCACAACAACGCCUGCCGUUGCAACUCCUACUAGCGAUACGCAUCCUGAAGCUAGCACCGUCGAACCCACCACCGGCCCCGUAUGGCCCGAGACGGCGCCCGAGCAUCCUCUGACCAAGUUCUACGACGCGUUCGAAGCGCUCGUCAGCGAAGCGCAGCACAGCGAGGUCUACGGCAUCGAGCUCAGCAAGUCCAACGCGUUCCACACUAAGCUCAUCCUGCAAAAGUUCCUGCGCGCCAACCAGAAUGACCUGAACAAGGCCAAGGCGCAGCUCCUCGAGACGCUCAAGUGGCGCAAGUCGUUUGACCCCAUCAAGGCUGCCACCGAGACAUUUGACAAGGCACGGUUCGAGGGUCUGGGCUACGUUCUUGAGGUUGAGGGUGUGCCUGAGAGCCCGAAUAAGAAGGAUAUUACUACGUUUAAUGUCUAUGGUGCUGUCAAGGAUAACAAGGCUACGUUUGGGGAUCUAGAUGGCUUCCUCCGCUGGCGCGUAGGCCUCAUGGAAAAAUCCGUCCAAGCCCUCUCCCUCUCCACCGCCACAACCCCGAUCCCCAACUACGGCGAAGGCCCGGACCCCUACCAAGGCUUCCAAGUCCACGACUACCUCCAAGUCUCCUUCAUCCGCCGCGACCCCCUCGUCAAAGCCGCCACCAACAAGACAAUCGAGAUUCUAGGCCGCCACUACCCAGAGACUCUCUCCCGCAAGUUCUUCGUCAACGUCCCUGCAAUCAUGGGCUGGGUCUUUACCGCCGUCAAGCUCGUCGUUGCCAAAGAAACGAGCAGGAAGUUUGUCGUCCUGAGCGAUGGAAAGCAACUUGCUACUCAGUUGGGUAAGGGUGUGCCGAAGAGUUAUGGGGGUGAGAAACCCGAGUUGGCGGAGUGUGCGGUGACGAUGGAUAUGGCUUGA